UCACUGCCGCUGCCUGUGCCGCCGUCGUCAUCGCCGGCCUUCUUGAGCGCCGCCGUCAGAAAGGGUUCUGGUCGCCGUUAAUGGAGUUAGCCGGGACUGUUCCAAGGCCUUGCCGCCCAUUCCGAUCUUGCUCUGUUCUGGUUAAUGCUAUUGCCAUUGUUCUGGCCGCCGGAAAACCUCACUGCCGCCACCUCUGCUACGGAAACAGCCGCUGAGUCUUCUAUGAUGGUAAAAUCUAACUCUGCCUCAGCUUCUUUAUCCGUUAAUUUCUCCAUGGGCCAUGAGAGUUGUUGCUAAGGCUGGUUAUGUCAGGAGUUUACCACGAGUUACUGUCGCUCUGGUCACCGGCUGUGACGUUGGUGUUACCGGAACCGCCACUGGUGCGGCCGCUACUUGGUUCCCUCGAGUACGAGUGUUGAGGCUGUUGCGAAAGUGGCUUGGAACCGAGGUUUUGGAUGCCGGGGUUUUGAUUGUUGAUAUUGGGUCGAGGCGGAAAGGAUUAUGUGACGCGUUUGGGUUAUGGAAUUUGCGUUUUGAGGAUAUGGGCGCAGAAGUUACGAAGAAUUUAUUUAGUUAUUGUUGUGAUGUUCUGUAUUGCUUUAGAUUAUUAAUUAUUGUACCCUCGCCUUUAUCUUGAUAUAUUCUGUAAGAGGGAUAGGAAUUGUAUUGGUUAAUGUCUGUAAUAUUAUUUAUAUAUAUGUGUGUAUAUAUAUGGAUGUACUCUUUAUGAGUUUUUGUAAGUUGUAUGGUUUCUUUGGAUGUACGUUAUCGAACGAAAGUAUU